AUGAAGAUGCUGGUUCCGGAGUGGCAUCAGAUCUUCUUGAAGGCGAUUGGCGCCCUCGGUCUCGACCACGUAAUAGCGAACAUGUUCUUCAUCCCCUGCGCCAUCUUCUACGACCACCCCGACAUUGGCGUCGGCUUGUACAUCUGGAAAUCACUUGUCCCAACCCUCCUCGGUAACCUUAUCGGCGGCGGCUUCUUCGUUGGAACAGUCUAUUGGUACCUAUACCUCACUGGCCUCAAUAAUGAAACGAUCAAGUUUGACCUUGGGAGUCUUGACACGGCGAUGGAGGCCGGUGGGCCGAUGGGGCCGCGAAAGCUUAAAGCGGGAAAGGGAGAUGGGUUGGGGGUGAGUGACGUCGAGAGCGAUGAGACGAAGGUGCUGGAAGGACACGUGGUUGGCGUGGAGAGUCCAAAGGAUGAGGUCACGGCUGUGCCGAGCACGGAUUUGCAGAUGCAUAGUGCGGUGGGCCAUGAGCUGAGGGCUGAUGUUUACGGAAAGCCGAAAGCUGAGGUGGUUAGUGAUGGGGGCGAGAAAGUGUAG